UAGAAUUGGAGCUCCAUUUUGGGUUAGUCUAUGUGUCCCGAAUGUGGAAGGAUAUACAAAAACUUUUGUGAGCACCGCCACUAGACUAUGCCGAGCCGUAAUUUCUGAGGAACUCAUUAACUUUAAUUUGCCUAUAAGCAUAAAAAAGGCUGUUAAUACGCAUCACAUAAAUUAAGGGGCCACAAUUGGAGCUACAAUUGAAGCCACCCACACUCAUUUGAGUAAUGUGCCCUCAGUGCUGCUUGGAAUCAUGGGCAACUAUUACCUACGCGGUUUACUCAAAGUCUUAGGCGGGCUUACUAAACCAUUGGCUGUAAAUGAGUUUCAGUAUAAUAGUGAACGCGAAUUGUUUGUUAGUUCGAAAUUCUGGCAUGAAUAUUUGAAACUGGCGCACUAUCUAUUCAUUUUUCCGUUAAUAUGGCCAGCCAUCAAAAUGUAUCUAAUGGAUCAGCUUCAUACGAAUUUCGAUUACGACCAUAUUAGGAAACUUACAGCAUAUUCAAUUAUAUUUUCACGUCAUUCGGGCAUAUUUGGAAGUGGCUUCGCACUUGUCUAUCGUAGCAAAGAUCUAUGUCACUUGCUGAAUCUAUUUUCAAAUCUAUGGGUUAUGCAUUACCAGCUCUUUGGCCGAUCUGUUCAAGUGUCAAGCUUUAGUUUAUUUUUGCAUUUUAUAAGAGAGUUCGUGCCAUUUUAUUUUAUGGUCCACAGCGGUCGAAAUGUUCCAUAUUUGCAAUAUAUAAUGGCAAUUGUCUUUGGCCGAGGCAUGUUCAUUUACUACCUCUGCGAUGUGGCAAUGCUGUUGCACAUGAGCUUAUUGAAAUCGCUGCACAAAUAUUUCGAACGUCCUCCCCGGCGUCGGAAGGCAAGAAGAAGAUGUUGCCUUAAAUAUUAUCAAAAACUGCUCCAACUGCGUGAAGGUAUACAAUGCGUUAGUUGGAUUUCCCAUACCUCGCGAUUGAUAUCCGAGAUAGUCUUCAUAUGCUGGUUCGGUCUGGACUAUAUGUUCAAUGACCAGGGACAACCAGAAGUGUUUGUAACAAGUUUAUGCUUUUGCUUUGCCAAUUCGAAUAUUUUGCAUGUCGUUAACAUGGCACGCGGCAUACACAUAAUGGAACAAGAGAUAAUACAGCAUUUCCAUAGACAGGAUAUGAUGAAAUCUCUACGCCUAUGGCCCAAAUGUCCUCAGAGUAAAUGGAGUUUUCUAAUGUUAGAACAACUUCAUCUAAAGCGCUGUUUGUUGAAGCAUCGCUCUGUCAGCCUAACCAACUACUUCUAUGUGAGGCAAUCUCUCCUACUUGAGAUCUUUGGAUUUGUCUUUACGAACGCCACGCUUUUAGCUAGUCUUAGUUUGAAAUAUAAGUAAUUUUAAUGACCAACUUAAUUGGCCAAUUGUGUUCAAAGAAAAGUAGCUGCUGAUAAGUUAUAUUCUAAUUUU